AUGAAUGAAAACGUAGAAACAUGGCCUUUUCUCACGGCCACAACAUCAAGCACACAUUCGUCAAUGACAAUGACUUCUUCUGUUUCAAAUACACCACUGCCGUCGCCGUUUCCACUGCCACAACCACCCGCACCACCACCAACCAUUCGCGAACGGAAUCGAAUGCAUGCAUUGAAUGAAGCAUUCGACGAAUUACGUCGCGUCGUACCAAAAGCUAAUCUUCACGAUCAUCAACGUUUAUCGAAAAUCGCAACACUUCGCCUUGCCAUACACUACAUCAGUUGUCUUACACAAAUUCUCGAUGCCAAUCGAUCAACGAAAACAUAUCCUCAGCAACUUCUGUCACCGGCAAUGUCAUCCUCGCCGACUGCAUCGUAUUUACAACAGGAAUCAUUUAUUUCAGCUCGACGAAGAGGACAACGACUUCGACGAAGAACACGACGAGCAACACAAGAUGAACAAAUAUUUGAAGACGUGGACGAAGUGAUCUGGCAUAAAUCAACAUUACAAUGCAAAAGUUGUGUUUAA